AUGUCCAGCAUAAACAACACAUUAACAACAACAACAACAACAGCAGCAGCAACAACAUUCAACCGCAACAGCGCUCUAUCGAUGAAUGAAUUAACGUUGAAACCAUGGUAUUCGAAUUUGCACAUACCCUCUGCAUCCAGUAAAAACCGCAUCAGCCCUGUUGCGCCGGUGCCUGUAUCCAAAUCUACAGCACAGGAACCAUCGUCGCCUUCGCUCAGCCAUUUAUUCAGGAAAAUUGCCCGUACACCUACUCGAACACUGUCCAGGUCAAACACAAUGAUGAGCCACGCAUCGUGGAAGAAGCACCAGCAAAACGUCCACAUUUACCUGAAAUCUCCGCAUGUGGUAGCCAGUGGAGAGCUUGCAGGAAGCAUUGUGAUCCAUGGUGAUACAACACUUGUGCAUAAAAUUAAAAGCAUACACUUGAAUCUCGUAGGCCUUGAAGCCGUCAAUGACUCUAGCAAGACACACCAAAAGUCAUUCUCCUUUCUGGAUCUAAGCGUGUUGCAAUUGACAGAUUCAGAACAAGUUACACCAUAUCAUGUUUCAGCUAAAGCAACAGAGGAAAUAAACAAGAUCCUUGUUCCUUUUUGGGUAUCAUUGCCAUCGGAUUUGAGUGGUACCUAUAUCGAUAAAAAGGGAUCCAUACAGUACUACCUGAAAAGCGAGAUUCAGUGGCAUGCCGAUAAGCCGACAUUGCAUAAACAAGCAGUGACCAUCUAUUCAAAUAUGGUGCUCAAGUCGCUCAAAGAUGCUACGGAUCUGUACGCACCGGUCGUUCUCAACAACAAGCAGAUUUGGAAGACAACAAAGGAGGGGCAUGUGUCGAUUGAAACAAGCAUGCCUCGCUCUGUUUGGAUGUCGGGUGCGCCUAUUUACGUAACUGUAAAGACUCACAAUGAAAUGCUGAGCGACACGGUCUGCGAUAUCAAGCUGGAACUAUUGCGCAAACAAAACACCUACUCGAUCAACCGCCUGGACCAAUCACUCGUUCCUGUAACUUCAUCAUGUGAGACACUUGCUACCACCUGCUUGGCGGAUUUAGGUUGGUGGAAGCCAUUGGAACCUGCCAGUCAAGAUCAAGUAACCUUGACGAUUGAUACGCCUCCUAAUCAAGUAACUGUCCGACAUCAGAAACUGAUUGAUGUGUCCUUUUCGAUCAGACUGUCAAUGCAAUCAGUGCUCAAUGCGGAUACGGUUGUUUCUGAUAUCCCAGUGAUGCUCGUACAUCCUAUUUCCAUGGACCCACCUCCAGGAAAUUAUACCAAAUCAGUUACCACGAGCAACACAGAGGAAUGCCAUUUGAUCCUGCAGGAAGCAGUAACUAAAAUCGCCACUCAGUCCAUGGUAUCUGUAACAUCAACGCCUUCAUCUGUCUCAUCCUAUAGAGAAAGCGACGGCAACCAAUCACUCAGUGAGAUAAAUGUCCCCACAAGGAAAAAGUUUACCGGCAUGAAGAAGAGUCUUUCCAAAUGGGGUUUACAGCUAUCUCGCAAAAUGUCCAUCUCCUCAGGCUUAAACUCGCAUAGUGAUUCAGAUCAACAAUCCAACGCCGAAAAGACAAAGUUGAGGAUCUCGUCGCCCUUGAUCUCUUCCUCAUCGUCGUUGUCAUCCAUCCGCUCUUCCGUGAGCAGCAAGUCAAGCCGCUCUCUUCAAUCUGAUCAAGCCAAUGAAGAAAUCACAAAGAUAAUCAAGAACAAGGAGCUCCAGGCACAGCAGCAGCAGCAGCAGCAGCAACAACAACAAGAGGAAAAUCCAGAGAGAAGUAUUAUGAAAUUUGGUCACAUAAUGGGUCCCAAACGAUUUGGUCAGCAACCUGGAUGCUUGGGUGAUGCAGGUUUAGACAUUCGUAACUGCUUCAAUGUAGCCACUGCUACAGAGGUCAUACAAUGCUACGCUGCUGAAAAGGUAGAAAUAUCUCAUUAUGAUGAUAAAGAAGAAGGUAAUUAUUACAUCCUUCCUCCUUAUCUUGAGCCUACUCAGUUUUCUGAACUUAUCAAGAAGAAAGAGUUUAUCAUGGCACCACACCCAGAAAAAUGUCAACUUGAUCCAGACAUGAUGUCAAACAGUCAAAUACAGCAGUACGAACAAGAUCAUUAUGAACCACCAAAUCAAGAGGAAAGAGAUGAGCAGGAGGAAGACACAUUGGAAGAACCACAGCAGGGCCAAGAUCAGCUACACCAACAUGGAAGUAGCACGAAGCGUAUGCUGGCCUCAUCGAGGCAUCUGAGAAAUGUGCAAAGAAAGAGUGUGCAGGUUUCAAGAGAUGGCCGUGCAUUAUUGACGUUUAGCAAAUGA